ACCAACCGGUCCGCCGAUCGGCGCACGCGGGCUGCGAUCUAUGCACGGUCUUCGGUUACGUGAAUUAAAAAAGUUUUGAGCCAGUCGGUCUGUGACACUCUGCGGCAGCAGUCAGUAUCGCCGCGAAUAUAGAAAUGAAUUAAGAAACAACCAAAAUGAUCUACGGAGUACUUUUACUGGCGCUAACUGCACAAAGUUUUGGUCUAAAAGUGUGUGAUAGACUUAACAGUGUAGACAUAAGUGAUGGUGAUAUGUCAAACGAUAGUUUAACAGUUGUUAAAGCCGGGAUUAAGUAUGCCAGCAACGAGUACUUUUACGACGAAGAAAGCGGCAGUCUUAGAGGAUGCGAGUGUAAAAGGCAGACUUGUAUUAGAAAAUGCUGUCCCAUUGGGCUUGGUUAUGAUCCAAGGAAGAAAACCUGUGUUCCAGUGACGGAGGAGUUUGAUCCUCCGGUCUGGAAUAAAUACAGGAGGCUGGAGGGAGUGAGGGCCGUGGAUAGGUUCCGCUUCAUCACUCAGAAGCACAACUGUACGGAUCCUGAGGUCAGGGUGCGGACCGGGCAGGUGACCCAGAACUAUCAUAUUGUGCAGGAUGGCUCCCUCUACGUGGAGAUGCCCAACGUAAUCCCCCCAUGGACGGUCCGUGGCCCAGACAAGUACUGCAUCGACACCUUCGUCUUCGAAGACGAGUAUGGAGGCAGAACCACUCGGUUGGACGCGCUGGUCUGCUUCGCUGAGAACCAGGAGGACCAUCAUUAUGUGCUGAGCAGCACUUGUAUGCUAAUAUCAUGCGUGUUUAUCCUGGCUACGUGCGCGGUAUACGCAUGGCUGCCCGAGCUUCGGAACCUCCACGGGCGAGUUCUGAUGGCUUACCUCAGCUGCCUCUUCGUCGGUUUCUCCUUCCUGACAGCCAUGCAGAUCUUGUUGGUGGUUGACAACAUCACGCCGUUGACGUGCGUCAUUAUGACUAUCAUCAUCUACUUCUCUCUGCUGGUGGCUUUCUUCUGGCUCAACGUGAUGAGCUUCGACAUUUGGUGGACUUUCAGCGGCAAACGCGGCUUGUCUCUUGAGAAGCUGUCAACUCGAGGGCGGUUCUAUGCAUACGCGCUGUAUGCGUUCAGCAUCCCUACCGCGCUGACCAUCCUGAUGACUGCGCUGGAGUUCUCCGGUCUGCCUCCGCACCCGUUACUGCCGAUGCUGAGACACCAGGGCUGCUUCUUAUUUGGCACAAGCAAACUCAUAUACCUGUACGGACCCAUCACCAUCCUCUGCGCGGCAAACAUGAUCUUCUUCGUUCUGACGGCGCUGAAGAUAACCCAGAUUAAGCAGCAGACGUCGGUGCUGAAGUCCAAAGAGAGUUCCACCCACGACCAGCACAGGAAUGACAGGCAAAGGCUUCUACUCUACGUGAAGUUGUUCGCUGUUAUGGGCAUAAAUUGGAUCCUCGAGGUGAUCAGCGCCAUCUACCCGCAAGCCAACAACGUGUGGCGCAUCACCGACGCGUACAACGUCCUCAUCGGCGUCAUCAUCUUCAUCAUCUUCGUCUGCAAGAGGAAGAUCUUCCAUCUCAUCAAGAAAAGAUACAAGCAACUCCGAGGUGAUCCCAUGUCCAGGAACCAGACGACCGUGUCCUCCCGGACCUCCUCCCGCGACGAGAGCCGCCUCAACUCUAUCAGGAUGCACGAGAAAUGAUGACGUCAACUUACACCACGUUGUGACGUCAACUCACGUCACACGUCACGCUACCUCAAACGCAAUUGAAAUUAGACCAAGUUCUAAUUUUUCUUUAUGAUUCUAUCUAACAACAGGGUUUUUCCCGCUACGAAUAAAGACCAUACCUACUUCAUGGGAUCAUUUAUAUGCAUCAGCGGUGGCCAACUUGAUUAGACAUAAGAUCAACUGUUUACUAACGAAACCCUGGGCGAUCUAUCACUUACAUACUUAUUGAAAUCUUAAAUGAAACAGCAUAGUUUAGUACAUAAUAAUGCAGUAUUUUUUGCCUUGCCACGAUCGACUGGACUAAUAGUUCGUGAUCAACCGGUUGGUCACCCCUGAUAUACAUAGUAAGCUCUUGCUCUACAUCUUUCCAGAUGGAAAGUAAUGAUCAAGUCGACUUGAUGGGUUGGGUGGGAACUAGCUUCACCUGGAAUCCACAUCCACAGAGGAACUGUGGUUAGCACGAAAAACUUUCGAGUUCGAAUCGUUUGCGUAUACUAAUCACCAUCAAAAGGUUUAGUACGAAAACUAGAACAGCGCCCUUGUGAACGUGUCGUAAAGUUAACUUAGUAUUUGAAAUGGUUGCACGAAACUUAUUUUGAGAAUCAAAAUUGACUCGUUAUCGUUUAAUUCGAAGGUUGAGUAUCGAAUUUUGUCGAAUACGCAAACUAUUCGAAGUCGAAAGUUGUUCAUGCUAGAGUCACCUACUGACUAUUUUACCUUAAUAUACUGCUGAAACGCCUGAACGACUUUGUUGCAUUCACCCAAAGUCUACCUUUAGUAAGUAUAGCUCUACCUAUCUCUAAAAAACUUAUUUAAUGCAAUAAAACUCGAGACAUAAGAUCGCCUUCUAUUUAGAUGGUACAGUCAGCGUCAAAUAGUUCGUGACACCCAAAGUGCCCAAUAAGUUGACAACUCAUAAAACUCAUUUAUGUAGGUAAGCAAGUAGGCUUUUAAAAAUCACUUUUACACGUCCCAGUAUUAACCCCACCACUGCUUCAGGACAAUAAAUGGGCCAGUGCUGAGAAGAAGCAGCGCAAGAAACCUUAAUCCAAUUCUAACAAAGACGUGUUGCGGACUUUUUGGCUACUUUGGGUGUCACGCACUAUUUAACGUUGACUGCUACCUAUUAUAUUAACAUCAUAAAACUAUGACGCUUCAAACAUAAGCAAAUAUUACCAAAUUGGAAAGGAAAGCCAACAAAAAUAUUUCAAGGCGACAAACAAAUCUUAGACUCGAUUAAAAAUAGUGACCCAUACAAUAUUUUACUUAUGCCUUUAUCGAUUAAACGACUGACCGAUGGUUAAUUUUUGUAAAUUAUAAAUACUUCAAUAUUAGAAUAUUAUGUGUUUUUUUAAUCUUUCUUCGAGUCUGAUGUGUUCGCUUGCUUCGUAAAAUAUUUACAUAAUAUUAAGCUUAGGAUAAUGUUAAAAACUAUAUUGAGCACGAUUCUUUGAUUUAAAAACUCUAUUUUAUUUGUAUUAAAUAACUUUAGGUUAAGCACAAAUUAUAUUCUAGUCCUUUAGGUAUCUAUUUUAAGGUUACACAAUUAGUUUUUAAGCAUUUUAGUAAUAUAGUUUUAUUAAGAAUCUGAAAAAGUUCCAUAGUUUAAUUUAAAAAAGUUUAAUAAUUUUUCAGUUGAGAAAUACUCAUUGUUAUAAUUAUAAUAAAUACAUAUUUAAUAAAUAUUAAUUAUGUUACAUUUUUGGUUAGACUGACAAAAUAGUGUAGGUACUUAGCUUUUAUUUAAAAGAUUUGAAUUUUCAAAUGAAAAGUAUUUUUGUUUUGAAAAUAUGUUCAUUGUUUCAAUAGCCAUUGGUCUAAUUUAUCGAAUACGCAGACAAGUAUUUAUAAAUAUAGGUAUUGGAAUAAAUUACAUAAUGUAGGCAUGUUAGUGGAUACUAGGUACUACGGCUGUAGUACCUAGUAUCCACUAACACUAACAUUCCAAAUUUACCUUAUACAUUGCGACCAAAAAGAUCAGUUUUAAUUAAAGUAGCCUGACAUUAUGCUUUUCAUAAUAUUAAGAAAGAUCAAUAAAUAAAAUUUUAAUCGAAAAACAGAUUUAUUAUGUAGGACGCUGAUUUAUAAUAAUCUACUUCUAGCAAGAUAAAAUUAUGCAUUUAUUAUAAACGUGUAUGAAUGUGUGUAAUAAAAGAAUGUUUAAAUAAAUUA